GCGUACGUGCCUCCACAUCGACGACGUCGAUCCCGUGAUGCUGCUGCUGCGGUAGACGAGACACGUCCGGACCUUCUUACCGGAGCACCCGAGUCGGCCACUGCCACUGCCACCACCUCUCGUAUCCCAGUGUCACGCACACUCCCCUCCGUAACCUCUAUCCGGUGUAUCAAUCUACAGUCCCGUCCGGAUAAAUGGAUACAAAUGCAACAAGAAGCAGUCCGCGUUAGUCGGUCGUUCGCUGCCCAAAUGCAACGGUUUCCCGCGUGCACAGGCGGACCCCCACCGUGCCCGCCCCCGUCGUCCACAAACUCCACCCCGACGGAGACUCCCACGUCGUUUUCGUCCGCGGACGAAAACGACGUCCAAUGGGAAUGGGAUGCCACCAACAAUGCCCGCUACAGUGCCCGGGUCAUUCCUGGCCCCAAAAUACUAACGCCUGGCGAACGAGGCUGUGCCCGAUCCCACGUGGCCCUCUGGCGAGAACUGGUCCACGAUCCGACCCACCGUUGUAGUGACAAUGGUGACGCGAGACAUAGCAGUGGUGGUAGCAGUAGUAGUACUCAUGACAGCGAGAAUGGUCCCACCAUGCUAGUGUUGGAAGACGAUGUUUCCUUUACCAGUCAUCGGGGCCAGAGUCGAUUCGAAAAGUGUUGGGCCCGGGCGUGGGAGCAACUUCCCCGGGGCAACGACCCUACUUGGGGUAUCCUGUAUUUGGGCUUUUCCGAUCGUGGCGCACGUGUACUGUUGGAACGUGACGGAGCAAGGGGGGACUGCCCUCCGCAUCGUCGACGGACCUCGCACGAUCCUCGCCAUCCCACCGUGCACCUGUACCGACCCGAAUACGGAUUUCAUACCCACGCGUAUAUAAUCACUCAAGCAGCAGCGGCUCUAUUGUUGGAUCAAUUGCCCGUUGUGGGGCCGAUCGAUGUCUGGCUGGCCGAUAAUCAAUGGUUCGGCAUUCCUACCUUUUGUGCCGUGAUUGCCAACGAAGGUUGGCGACGCGACGACGGUACCUACGAAGGAGCCCCGUUGGUACGACAAAACCGUGGUCGCCACACCACUAGUGACAUUGUGCAAUCGUCCGGACGGUGA